AUGAUCUUUUCAACACCAUACCUCUUCAGGAAGAGGUACCUGAAACAAGACGAACGGUUGCUGACUAUGAGUAUUAUGCGUCACUUCCGGCAGACGAACAACUUUGCUGUUGCGCUGUCGGACUUCUUCUCAUUGAGAUCUGUGAAAGAGUUCCUCCAGCGUCUGCCUCUUCAGAAACAAAUUGAAUUCAGAGACCAUCUUAUCCGUUUUCUGAAUGUGUUCUCUUCGAAGGCCGGAUUCACAAUGGAUAUUUGUAGUCGAUAUGCUGCUGAGCAGAACAUGGGUGCAAAACUUAUUGCGACCCGCUACUGGCAACGUGGUGAUAAGAUCGAGCGUCUUUGUGGGGUUAUCAGUGAACUCAAUGAAAAGGAAGAAGAGCAAAUUUUGCGGCCUGGACUGAAUGACUUCUCUGUCAUGUAUAGCACGAGGAAAAAGUGUGCUCAGCUGUGGUUGGGACCGGGAGCUUACAUCAACCAUGACUGUCGACCCACCUGCCGGUUUGUUCCUAAUGGACACACUGCCUACAUUCAGGUUUCUCGCGAACUGAAACCAGGAGAUGAAAUAACAUGUUUCUAUGGUGAAGACUUUUUCGGGGAGGGUAAUGAGAACUGCGAAUGUAUGACAUGCGAACGGCGAGGAAAAGGCGUUUUCGCAAGCCGAGAGGAAAAUAGUGACAACGCUUCGGGUAGCAGCAUGGACAUGGAGGAAGUUAGUUCUUCACAGCAGAAAUAUGGUCUCCGUGAGACGGACUCUCGUCUUUGUCGUGCAAGUGUUACGAGGUAA